AUGGUCAAGGGUGGCCUCACCACCGCCGCCUUCCGCAGCUACGUGUCCGACAUCCAGGAGGAGGUCCACCAGUACUUCGCCCGUUGGGGCAACGAGGGCGAGGCCGACCUGUACUCCGCCAUGUGCGAGCUGGUCAUCAACACCGCUUCGCGCACCCUCCUCGGCCAGGAUGUCCGCUCGCAGCUGAACGACGAGGUGGCCCGCCUGUACCACGACCUGGAUCUGGGCUUCACCCCGAUCAACUUCCUCUUCCCGAACCUGCCCCUGCCGCGGAACAUCGUGCGCGACCGGGCCAACCUCCAGCUGCGCGAGCUCUUCGUGUCGGUGCUGCGCAAGCGCGCCGCUCGCCUGGAGAAGCUCAAGGCCGAGGGCAAGGAGGACUCCGAGGUCCACCAUGACAUGCUGAACUCCCUGAUGAACGCCACCUACAAGGAUGGCCGGUCCCUGAGCGAGGUCGAGGUGGCCGGGCUGAUGAUCGCCCUGCUGAUGGCUGGCCAGCACACUUCCUCCACUUCGGCCACCUGGUUCGGCCUGUAUCUGCUGCGCGACAAGGAGUACCUGGCCAAGGUCAUGGCCGAGCAGGAGAGCAUCUUCGGCGAUGGCAAGGGCGGCUACGUGCCCCUUGACUUCGAGGGGAUCAGCAACUGCGACCGUCUGGAGUACGUGCUGAAGGAGGUCCUGCGCCUGUGCCCGCCCAUCUUCCAGAUCAUGCGCACGGUCACCGAGGAUGUCUACUUCAAUGACAUGGUCAUCCCGGCCGGCUCGUAUGUGGCCGUCUCGCCGUCGGUCUCCUCGCUCGAUGGCAAGGCCUUCCCCAACCCGAACACCUUCGACCCGGAUCGUUUCUCGCCCGAGCGCGCUGAGGACUCCACCGAGAAGAACAAGGGCCUGUAUGUGCCCUUCGGCCAUGGGCGCCACCGCUGCAUCGGCGAGCCCUUCGCCUACCUGCAGAUCAAGACCAUCUGGGCGGCCAUCCUGCAGACCUUCGAGCUGGAGCCUGUUGGCCCGAUGAACCAGCCCAACUUCAACUCCAUGAUUGUCCUGCCGGAGACCCCGUGCAUGGUCCGCUACAAGCGCCGCGUUCCCCUGUAA